UCACCUGCAACCCCGCCGUCGUCCUCCCCGCGCCCCAGCGAUCCGCUUCGGCUCGCGUCCUUCCUCCCUUCCUCCUGAGGAAAGGGUCUGGGAGGGGGAGCGGGCCGGGCUGCGCCGGGUAGUCGGUGAUCUGGGGGCCUCGGGCCUCUGAGGACUCAGAAAGCAGCGGACGCUGGAGAGGGUGGUCAGGGAGGGCGUCAUGGAAGUGGUGCCUUGUGAGUUGAACCCUCAAGAGCAGGAUUUCACCAGGGGUGAGCCCGAGUGUGUUUAAGGGAGGGGACUGAUCCUGGCAAAGGGAACCCUUGGAUAUAGGCCUGGAGGCCAAACCUGCGGGCCGCUCUAGGCCACAAGUUUGUGCCAGGGCCGGAGGAGGUGGUGGAGUUAGAGGUGAUGCGUCAGGAGCCACAGAGGAUUUAAAGGAAGGUCUGGCUGUGUCUCUGCAAAUGGGGCAAGGUGAGCUCCUUGGCCCCCGGGGCUGGAGGCCGGGGGAGAUCAGUGCCCAGCCAGAGGCAAGAAAGGCUUCCUGGAGGAGGUGAAUUUCCUGGCCGUGGGGACGGCUGUGCGCAGAGUGGCACCCGUGACUCAGGGGGUGUGUUGGUGGGAGGGGCUUGGCCCGGUUCCCAGGCCCGAGGUAUCUGGACCUCUGCUGGUGGUGAGUGGGGCCUGUGCUUAUCCCAGGCAUCAGCUUGUGGCCCUCUCAGGGUAUAGGAUGCAUUUUGGCCUUAGCUGAGGGGGAGGGAGCCAGAGGGUCCCCUGGGGCCUGGGUGGGGCUGGCCUGGAGUUUGUGCCCCCACCUUUGCCUGGGUCCUGGACAGCCUGCCCAGUGCAUUUGUCAUCCCCCCGCUGCCACGUGCAGAGCCACGAGUGAGGCUACUUCCCUUCCUAGCUGACCCCCCACCCCACCCACUGGACGCACAUCCUGUCCCUGGACAGAGGGACAGGACAGGGGGCCUCGAGUCCCAGUGGCCUGGGGUCAGACCCACGCUCAGCGGCAGAGGCUGCUGGCAACUGUGGAGGGCUCCAGCCUGCCUUGGCUGACCUGACCGCUGGGGACCCGAGCACCACCUGGCUUCUUUCCCGUGGCAAGCGCAGAGUUGAAGCGCUGCGGCAUGGCGCGCGGCUGCCUCCAGGGCGUCAAGUUCCUCAUGUUCGCCUUCAACCUGCUCUUCUGGCUGGGAGGCUGUGGCAUCCUUGGUGUCGGCAUCUGGCUGGCUGCCACCCAGGGGAACUUCGCCACCCUGUCCUCCUCCUUCCCGUCCCUGUCGGCCGCCAACCUGCUUAUCGUUACCGGCACCUUCAUCAUGGCCAUCGGCUUCGUGGGCUGCAUCGGGGCCAUCAAGGAGAACAAGUGCCUCUUGCUCACUUUCUUCGUGCUGCUGCUGCUGGUGUUCCUGCUGGAGGCCACCAUCACCAUCUUGUUCUUCGCCUACACUGACAAGAUCGACAGGUAUGCCCAGCAGGACCUAAAGAAGGGUCUGCACCUGUAUGGGACCCCAGGCAACGUGGGCCUCACCAACGCCUGGAGCAUCAUCCAGACUGACUUUCGCUGCUGUGGGGUCUCCAACUACACCGACUGGUUCGAGGUCUACAACGCCACCCGCGUGCCUGACUCCUGCUGCCUGGAGUUCAGUGAGAGCUGUGGCCUUCACGCACCUGGCACCUGGUGGAAGGCGCCAUGUUACGAGACCGUGAAGAUGUGGCUCCAGGAGAACCUUCUGGCUGUGGGUAUCUUUGGGCUGUGCACGGCACUGGUACAGAUCCUGGGUCUGACCUUCGCUAUGACCAUGUACUGUCAGGUGGUGAAGGCGGACACCUACUGUGCCUAGGGUGCCCGCUGCCUGCCACCCCUGCCUCGCUGCCGAAGGACACGGCCCACUGGGAGAUGCCCGUGUCCCCACCUUCCUCUCCUGCUGCAGGAGUCAGCACCACCCCUGCCCCCCCACCCCCCCCCAAGACCCUCAGCCAGCUGGGUGAGCACCGUGCUGGAGGCGGGAGGGGCUUCUGGCACAUUUCAUGUCCGUGUAUUCUCCCGAGCAGUGUCUGCCCCCCUGGCUGGGGUCAUUCACGAGUGGGGAUGGGGGUGAAGGGCUGACCGCUGGUCCUGGUGCUCCAGGUGGGGCUGCCGCCCCACCACCCACAUUCCACAGCGGAGCCUGGGCAGGCUCUGGGUGCAUCUUAAUAAAGUGUGUGGACAGCCCCCCACCACCGCAUCUGUUGCUGCCUGACCCCCAGGGACGUGCCCAGUGCCUGGGGUGGGAUUCCUGCACAUGCGUGGGGCCAGCCCCCAACCCCCCGGGAAAUCUGCUGGUGGUGCAGAGGUGUCCCAGGACCGCCCUGUGCCUCCCUCCCCAUCAAGCCGCAGGGCCUUGCCUGUCCCAGGGCCCUCUCUGUUUCUGUGAACUUGGCCCCGGAACUGCUCAUCUGUACGGGCUGUCGGGAGGGGAGCGGAAGCGGCAGGUGCAUCAAUGCGGGGGGCCCUGGAGACAGGAGCAAUGGGCGCGGGGAAGGCCGUGGGUCCGGAGCUUAGGGGAAGGAUGGGACCCUCCAGGAGCCUCACUAGCUGUGCGGCACACGACCCCUCAAACCGCCAUCUCCAGCCCUCCUUCCUGCCGGCUCCAAGGUGCUGCCCUCCCCCCGUGCCCCCAGGAACACCCCGUAUCACUGUCCUUGUGUGGCAGGCCCACCUGGGGAUGCCCAACCUAGCACUGACCGCAGCCACAGACACGACUGACAGCCACUGUGCUCACAAGCCCACCGACCCCACCUGUCCUCACUCCACGGAAACUACCAGAACCAGUGUAGUGACGUCAGCGCAUGUGGUUAAUGCCCCCGAACUAAACCAUUUCUCACCCGCCAGCCGCAAACGACUGGAAAACCAGCAGGAACGUCGCGUACCCAGGAAAGCAGUCCCCACGUGACCCUACCCACCCCGUGUCCAUAGAGCCCCCCUAUUGGUAUGUGUGACCAGAGACAGACCUGCGCCACGCUCGGUUGGUCCCGAGCACGCCACGUGCAAGCUCACUGGACCCAUGGGAACGGCUUGCAGACCUGGGACCCUUUCCGCUCACAGCCUCCUAGGUGACCCUCAGACUCUAGCCCUGACUCAAUUUCCCCCAUGAUCCUCCAGUGGCCUUGGAGCCCAGGGUCCCUGCCCUCCAGCCCAGACCCCCACCUGCUGGCUCUGCUUCCAAGGCUCACUGUUUCGUGUGGGUUGCCCCUGGGGUCUGACCUCAGGACCCCUCUCUCACAGCUCUCACCCCCUUUACUGGUCCCACCUUCCCCCCCACACCCAGUGUCCAUCACCUACCCGGCUCCCCGUCUAACCCCCAGCUCCAGAACAGACUUGAGACCUACUAGAGCCUGGCACCCCAGCCCCGGCGCCACGGCCUCCUGGCUCCCCUCCUGCCCAGGCCUCUGAAGCCGGGACAAGGCGAUGCUCCGUCCUCUGCUCCUGCCCAUUGCCAGGGGCGCUGGUGUGGGGACUCGGGGAACCUCUUGCUGUGGCCCCACAUGCCGACCCUCCAGCAGACGGGCACACGUGCGGACACACGUGCACACGCACGCACCCACAGCAGGUGCGCACACAGACUUCCCAGGACAGCUUCGCGCCCCCCCGCCACGCCCUCCCCGUCCCUCUGUGCAGGCCCAGACUCUGCAUCCGCCCUCGCAGGCUGCCCUGCCCCCGCCCCCAGCAAGUCUGCUGGGUUGGGAAUGGGGGCACUUGGCAGGGCCCGUCCCCUCAGAACUGCGGGGUUCCUCUGUGGGGCCACUCAACAGGGCACUGGCUGGCCCCGCCCCUCAGAGCCCUCCCGUUCAUGUCCCACAGCAGGAGAGCAGGGAGCAUGGCCUCUGCCCCCAGACUCGCAGCAUGGAAGCCCCGAGUCCCCUGCAGCGCCUGCCCGUCUGUCGGGUCUGGCCCCGUGGACAGCACCAGGCCCUGGAUGGGCCUGCUCCCCGAGGGGCUGUGCUGCUUG